AUGGCUUUCCAAAUGCCUUCGUUCCUAUCACGCUUCCUGCGCCCCUUGAGCUCUGCGGCCUCAGUGUCGCUCCAACCAGACUCCCUGGCGGCUAUGCAAUUCCCUCCCAACUCACAGAGAGCCAUCUUUGCCGGCGGAUGCUUUUGGGGCCUGGAAGAGUUAUACCGCAAGACAUUCGGCGACGGCAAGGGUCUUUUGGACUGCAGAGUUGGCUACACCGGUGGCCAGACCAAGGCCCCGUCAUACCAAGACGUCUGCUCCGGACGAACUGGCCACGCCGAGUCCCUACUGAUCGUCUUCGACCCGGAGCGUCUCUCGUACAAGCAACUCUGCGAAUUCUUCUUCAGGAUCCACGAUCCGACCACCCUCAACCGACAGGGCGCCGACACCGGCACGCAGUACCGCUCUGCCAUUUUUGCCGAGAACGACGACCAACUCAACAUUGCCGAGGAGAUCAAGAAGAAAGUGGGCGAACAGUGGUACAAGGGCAAGACCAUCACCACCGAGGUUCGAAGAGCGACACAGUGGUAUGAUGCAGAGGCGUAUCAUCAGAAAUAUUUGAUCCCGGAGCCUGGCAAGGACACAGAGAGCUUGUAUCAUUGCCCCGCGCACUACCGUCGACCAUUCCCAGACCUGAACUAA